AUGGCGUACGUGGCAGGUUCCUGGCUGCGGGUAGCGCGGCCACAGAAAGGAAAUAUUUCCCCAGUACCAUCCCCUUCAGAAAGCUGUCGACUAUACACCCAACUAAAAUGGCAGCGGCGACUACGCCACGGAGCCCCCCGCAGCAACCAGCGCCUGGGGUCCGGAAGCGGCGCCGAACCUCCUCCACCACAGGCCACUCAGGCCAUUUCGAGAAAAAGCAGCAGCCACAACUCCGCUGUCUUCCUCUCGCUCUCCAUCCAUUUCUCAGAGGAACCCCAAAGCUUCACUUACUCGGUUUUAGUUGUCGGAAUCCGAGUCGCUGGUGACUCUGGGCGCCUUGGCGCGGGAGCGAGAGGAGGGCGCGGAGGCACUGAGUGCCAGGUGAUAGACCCGGAGCGGAAGAGGACUUCCUGCGACAGCUACCCCGCCUGCUGGAGGAGCUGCACUGCCCUGACUGUGCGCUCUUCAGCGGAGACUGCGCGACUGCGCUGCAGGAGCCCGGCGCUGGCCUGCGCCUUCUGCUUCUCAGAGCUGCUGCCUUCCCUGCCUUCAGGAUCCCUGCAGCCCCUUCUAAGCUACCCACUAGACGCACCCAGGUGGGAAGCAUUGGAGUCCCUGUGCCAAAGCCUGGGCGAUCAGUACUGCUGCCGCCAUAGCCUCCUCCUAAAGCACCUGGACCUCACGAUAUUUGCAUUCCAGUGGAGUGAUCAGGCAGAGGCCAAAGGGGAGGCCAUGAAGGCAGUGCUGUUCCCAAUUCGAGAGACUAUGACCCCAGAAUCAGAUGUCUCCAUUGCACACAUCCUGGCUGCCCGAGCUGAUCUGUCUCAUCUUGUCCCAGCCAUGAGCAAGGCUGCCCGCCGAGGGACCAGCUGUGCCAUCAACAAGGUGCUUAUGGGCAAUGUGCCAGACCCAGGGGGACGUCCAAAUGAGUUUGAGGCUCCUAUGCCCAGCUGGCAGAGCAGAAGAGAGAAUGGAGGUGGGAGGAAGGCAGGCCGCCACUGCUGGGGCCAUAAGAAGAAAAAGAAAUAA